UUCUUGUAAAAGAAAAACCUCAACGCCAUUCUUAAAUUUACUCUUUUCUGUCUUGGAAUAGACAAUCUUGUUUCUUGAGUGUUGCUGAAAAGAACCAAAAUUUACUGUUUGUUCAUCUGUUUCUUGUAAUCAUGAGUAUGAAUUUGCAAAAUCGACACCCUUGGCAACUACCCCAUAAUCAUCUUGGCUACUAUCGUACUCCAACAUAUUACUACGUUUCAAGAAACAUGGGCUAUGAUUACACUUCUGCUUUUACUGCUCCGAAUACAUAUUAUAGUGACGACUCAUACUUGAGGGCAGCGACCAACAUUAAUGGGUAUUAUUAUCAGCCAACAAGUGAAUAUAUUGAUGAUGUUUUUGUCACAGAUGACGCUUCUCUGUUUCGUACAAAUAUACAAAAUCGUCAUCCUUCACAAGCCCACAAUCAUCGUCAAGUUCCGCCAAAUCACUACAGAAAUUCAAGAAACAGUACUGGUAAUCACUUGGCUCCACAUAACAACUCUGUUUUCCCAAAUACAUAUUCAUCUUUGUGGGAUCCCUAUUACUAUCAACCAACAAUUGAAUUGGUUGAUGAUGCCUAUGUCACAACUGAUGUGCGUCACUUAAUAGAGACGAUGCAAAAUCUUGACCGCAACUUUGGUAGUAGUCUCAAUGAACUGCCAUUUGAUUAUACAGCGUUUCUUGAUCUAGGGGAUGAUGACACACAAGUAGUCGACCAGGAGGAGAAUAUUAUCAUGUUCAAAACAAGAAGUCAUUGUGCUAAGGUUGAAGUUACUAAUUCAGAAGGGACUGUUAUAGGUGCUGAUGAUAGACAAGAAAUAUGUGCCAUAUGCCUAUGUGAAUAUGAGAAUGAUGAGAUAAUUGGUACACUUGACUGCGGACAUGAGUAUCACGCGAGUUGCAUAGAGCAAUGGCUGCUGAGGGGGAAGCAAAAUUGUCCAAUCUGUCGGUCUUCAGUUUUGCCAUCAUAGGAAUACACAAAUCUUAUACUACUUGUCCUUAAUUUCGUAGCUAGAUAUUGUUUUUAUUCAUCCCUUUGUACAAUUCUUUUAUUCAUUUGACAGUUCUUGCUAUGUAUAUGUUGAAAACUGAUUACCUCAUUUAGAUUAUACAAUGGCCAACUGACUUAUAUUGUUGAUUUACAUUUGCAGCAACAACAGUGAGAGUUGAUA